AUGUCUGCAUCUCCGCGCUUUCAUCAAACCCGUAUUUACACUCUUAUUCCUCUCCAGAUGUGGUUACAAGCCGUUGCAAUCGCCCUCCCGCGCAUCCAGGUCAGCUUUGCUGUCUCGAGCGCCUCCAUCGGCUAUCUUUCUUCUGCAACCUUUUUCGGGAUGAUGAUGGGAGCUCUCCUCUGGGGAACCCUAUCUGAUAUCCUUGGGCGUAUUUCCGUCUUCAAUCUAACACUGAGCCUCUCGGCACUCUUUGGAUUCCUGUCAUUUUACGUCGACACCUUUCCAACGCUCUGCCUCGCCAACUUUCUGCUGGGUACCGCCGUUGGUGGCUCGAUGCCUACCGACGGCACAUUUGCGCUGGAAACUCUUCCUCGCCGAAAGCGGCACCUUCUUACCUCGCUCUCUGUCUUCUUUUCUUUUGGUUCGGUCAUAGCAGCUGUGGUGGCUCUCUUUGUGAUUCCGGGCAACUCGUGCGCGCAUGCCCAUCUCCCGACUGCCCCACCAUGCGACAUUCACAAGGACAACAACGGUUGGAAGUAUCUCUUCUUCGUCCUAUCUGUCAUUACUGUCGCCAUGUUUCUAGCACGUUUUUUCUUCUUCAGCUUGCACGAAUCACCCCGGUACCUCGUCCAUGCAGGUAAAAAGGAAGAGGCCGCCAUAGUACUUGCCAAGAUUGCAAGGUUUAACGGCGACGAGCUGAGCAUCACCGUAGCCGAUGUCGACGACGAUCACGAAGAGGCUGGUGGGGAUGUGGGGUCGAGUACGAUACGACGGAGCAUUGCCAUUCGCGAUGGGGAGGAAGAGCGGCUUCUCAGUUCCCCGGUUCGGGAGAGAAGGCCAUUACAGCGCGUUCGUGCGGCUUCACAAUCAAGCAUCGCAUCGGUCAAAUCUUCUUCGGCCUAUAUGCUUGCACGUCGGUGGAUCGUGAGGCCGAUCCACGCUUGGUAUGUACGCGUAUCAGGACUUUUAGCGGGCGAAUGGCGGACGAGAACCUUGCUUAUAUGGGGUAUCUGGAUGACAAUGGCACUGGCUUAUACGAUAUUUAACGUCUUUCUCCCUACAUUACUGGAAUAUCGAUCGCAACCCAAUACAGGAAGCAUGGAUGAUGACACUAGUGGACUCGUUGGCCCGCUGUGGGAAGUAGUCGUCUUCACCCUGGGCGGAUGUCCAGGAGCCCUCAUUGGUGCAUACCUUGUAGAUAUUGCCCCUCGGUAUCGCUGGAGCAAGGCUCUGGUGCUCGCUGGUGCCACCUUUGCAACAGGUGCCUGUUGCUUUGCUUUCACGCUCGUAUCUGGUUAUUUGUACAUUGUUCUCACCACGGUGGGAAUGUCCUUGAUGUCUACGAUUAUGUGGUCCAUCCUAUACGGCAUGACGCCAGAGCUAUUCGUCACUGAAGUGCGAGGGACGGCUUGCGGAACCGCAUCCGCAUUGUCCAGAAUUGGUGGAGUGUUGGCGCCGCUAAUCGGCGGCGUCCUCGUUUCUAUUGAUCCAUCGCUGGUUGUGUUGACAAGUACGGCUGUAUUCUGCGUGUCCACCGGCCUCCUUAUUCUCCUCCACCGUAACCUCCAACAUUCCUCAGGCAUGACGAGCCCCAUUAGUGAUGACGAUUAG